GAGAAUAAAAAGAGACCGGAUGUUGACAAAUUUCUUGUCACUGUUCUUGGAAGGUCGUUUGUUCGUGUGAAGAUUUCUUAUCUGGGAUCUCUCUCUCUCUAUCCCCUUCUUCUUUCAGGGACUGGCCCCAGCAGAUCGAAAUCUCCAUCUUUUCGUCGACCUGAUGACGAUCUAAGCUCCUUCAAUGGCGUUACAGACAUACCCACUUCGUUCCCUUCACCCGUUGGGGUCCUCUGCUUUGCGUUCUGGUUCAGGGGAUUCUUCUGGUUUCUCCGGUUCAUGUUUUGCGUCGUUUAUGUCGGGAGUGCGAGUCCAAGGCUGUCAAUUUUCAUGCAGCGAUUUUGGUAUCUGCCAGGUUGUCGGGUAAUCGAGAUUUUGCUGAAUCUGUGGCGGAUUUUUGAAGAGGGCUGAUAGAGGAUGUUGGUCUGAGGUAUGGGAACAAAAGUACAGUGUAAAAGCUACUUGCCAGGAUAUUACUCCAUGAGGGAUCUUAACGAGGAUGCUAACAGUGGUAGCUGGCCCCUAUAUUAUGAGGAUAAAAAUUUGAGAAGUGGGCAGCACUACAAUAGUUUCUUGCCAAGACCUACUACAGAUGGAUAUUUGGGCUAUGACAAGGAAGUACUAAAGCAGACAAUGCUUAUGCAUGAAUCUAUAUUCAGGAAGCAGGUCCAUGAACUUCAUCGUCUUUAUAGAAUACAAAGAGACUUGAUGGAUGAACUUAAAAUGAAAACAUUGCAUAAGUAUAUAUUACCAGCGGAGACCACACAGUCAUGUCUCUUUUCAUCUCAAAUGUCAUCUGAAGAUUCUCAGAAGAUGUGGCACAUCUCCAGCUUGCCUUUGGUGAAUUCUGCCUGUAGUAGAGCAUCAGUGUCUGGUACUGACAAAAUGCAACCGCCUUUUAGUUUUUGUAAAGACAACAACAUGCAAGUUGAUCUUGCUCCAACCCAAAAUGGGGAUAGUUCAAAAGAUUGCAAGUUGUUGGAGUCUAAAUCCAAGAAAUUUCCAAGAAAGGUGUUUGACCUUCAACUUCCAGCUGAUGAAUACAUUGACAGUGAAGGAGAGACACUGGAAGAAGAAAAGGUUUCUGAAAUUUCUGUGGUGGCAAAUUAUACUCAGAGAAACUCUGGCAUUGCACCUGACCGUGAUGUAAAUCUGUCUCUUGGAAGCAGUAGGAACCAUAGUAGUCAAGGGGAGUCUUCAAGAUCUGAAUCAAGCUUACGAAGCAAACACCAUGGUUUGGCAGAUUUGAAUGAACCCAUCCAGGUUGAGGAAGUAACAGAUUCAGCUCCUGUUGAUUUUCUGCACCCUGUCAACUGCCACAAGGAGAUUAAAGGUCAGAAUUUGCCCACUGUGCCAAAUUCAGGCUUGAAAGGUUCACCUAGGGAUUUUUUCAAAGAUACACAGAAGGGAAGGAGCAAUGAAACUUCUUCAAACAUUCAAAAUCAAGAAAAUGAGGGAAGAAAACGGGAAUGGCUAUCUUACAACCUUGAAGCUGGGCAAAGUAAUAGCAACCUGAAGCCUUUACCUCAAGGUGUCCAUUCAGAAAAUUUACUGGCAUCAUCCGCACCAAUUCAAGUUGAGCUUAAGAAAGCUCAUGAAUUUCCACGGUUUCUUAUAUCGGAUCACGAUAAGAAAGAACCAUGGAGAGAAAAAGCAAUUUGUAGUUUAGGAAUCUCUGAUAAAGAUCAAAAUCUACCCAAUUUUAACAAUCCAUAUCCAGUUGUUUCUCAGUCUGAUAUGGCCAAUUUUGGAGUACCUUCAGCUUCAUCUUGGAGAAGACCAAUGUGUAGCUUGAGUCAGAAGAAUCCGAUAGCAGUUGAAGCACUCCCAUGUGUCAACCCAUUUGCUCCUUUGAGUAACAAUUCCAAAUCGUCACUUGAAGGCUCUGGGGUUAUUGAAGACAAAUGGCAUCUUAAUGGCAAUUUGAGAUUGAACCCAAAUUUUGGAAGUGAGAUAUCCCAUAAAAGAAAUGGCUUUUGCCAUGGAUCCCAGUUGGAGUCCAAGCCAUUACAGGUUUGUUCCCCUUCAGUUGGCUUUGAUUAUCUGAACUGCAGUAAUGAGAAGGCAUUAACUUCUGAAAACUUUGAAGACCAUGGUUCUGUGAAGCGUUACAAGGGUUCAGACUUCGUUGAUGUUAAGACUGCAAAGGAUAGGAAUUUGAAUAUGGUGCUUCCAAGUGGCUUCAACGAUACAGUGGUUCCCCAGCGAGAUCUUGUGAUUAUAGAUGGAGAAAGGAAGCAUGAAGAUCCUUCAGCUGUCUUGCCUUGGCUUAGAGGAAAACCAGCUUGCAAUGACAUGACCCCCAAAGCAAGGGGAAAUUCAGAGAGAAUGGGAUUGGAUUUCUUACAAGUCAAUCAUCAACACUUUUCUGACAAAGUUGAAGCAGGAAAUGGUCCCAGUCUGCAUUAUGUACAUGAUACUGAGCCUAAGAGUGUUAAGGUGGCUGACAGACUCGGUGAUAAAAAGAUACUUGGUGUUCCCAUUUUUGAAAAGCCAUGUGCUUCCAACAACCAUUCUUCUUUUCAGUUGUCCCCUGCCAGGAUUAACCAUUACCCAUCUAGAGUUGAAGACGUUGAGAAUAAUGGAAAAGCAACGGUACUUCAUAUUGACUUGUCUUGUGAUCCUAUAUUGCCUAAUUUAGGGGAUCAUUUUGCCACACAGAAUCUGAUGGUAGAGAAGGGAUCUAAUAACACCCUGGCUGCUUCUAGAAAUCACAUUAAUUUGAACUCAUGUGCAGAUGAGGAUGACAGUUCAUCAGUAGUCUAUUUCCAAAGUGAAGCGAAGAAAAAUACAACUGGGAUAGAUUUAGAGGUUCCGGCAGUUCCUGAAACUGAGGAAGGUAUUCCUACUGGGGACGAGUUUCUGGAAAACCAACUUGAGAAACCUGUUCAAUCAUCAGAACAUGAGGAUGGAGACCCACAUGGGGAGCUUAUCAGGACUGCUGCAGAAGUUUUAGUUGCCAUCUCAUCAUCCAGCGUUAAUAAGCAUUUAGAGAAUGACAAUUGUCAUCCAUCAGGAACUUCAAUGAUGGAGACACUCCACUGGUUUGCAGAUAUAGUUUCUUCUAACAUGGAUGAUCUCCAGAAUGAGGUUGACUUAGCCUUGAGGUCUAAGGAUAGGUCUAACCAGGAGUCAUCUUCCUCAGAUGAGAGUGAUUACUUUGAAACCAUGACAUUACAAUUGACGGAGCUCAAGGUGGAAGAACGCUGGUGUAAGCCACCAGAGAUUCUAAAAGUGGAAGAAACAGGUUCUGCCACUUCAUUGCUAAGUCGGCCUAGGAAGGGCCAAGGAAGAAGGGGAAGGCAGCGGAGGGACUUUCAAAGGGAUAUCCUACCAGGUCUUGCUUCUUUGUCAAGACAUGAGGUCACUGAAGACCUUCAGACUAUUGGAGGGCUGAUGAAAGCUACAGGCUGUCCCUGGGAGACGGGGCUGGCAAAGAGGAAUGCUGGUAGAGGUGGAUGGCCAAGGGGAAGGAGGCGGUCAAGGGGCCCUACUCCAACCAUGGCAGCAAGCAUACCCUGCUCUCCGCCAGAGCAACAACCCAGUAAUAGUGAACUCGGACUAGAGGACAGAAGCCUAACAGGAUGGGGAAAGACAACUAGACGGCCCCGGCGCCAGAGAUGUCCAGCUGGUAACCUUCCUCCUCUUCCUGUUGCCUUAGUAUAGAGAGGCACUGUAUAAUGAUUUGAAAAUGUCAUGGGGAAGGGAGGGUAUUGAGGAAACAGAAGUUGUUUCAAUGGCUUAGGAGUGAGUGAAUUGUGAGUUCCAGGAAUUGCCUUUGUACAUGUCUUAACCUGAAAUUCGGGUGCCUUUGAUUUUCUGUGUUUGAGGUUUACCAACUUUGUAUAAUUCAUAAAUAAUGUUGCAUUGCUUCUGAGAUAUACAGCAUUCUCAAUCUCGUUGGUUUGGGUAUUGGGUGUUAA